AUGAUAACGUGGCAGAUACUCUUGGAGUUGGAACAAGAUCUGCUUUUGCCAUUAAGCCUUAUUUCGUGCGAAAAAGGUGACAGCCCAUCGCAAUUCAAAUGCAAAUUGAAAUAUGGGACUGUUCCAGACGCUGCGAUGCUAGAUUGCAAGUGCAUAGUCUCCGAAAAGCUGUUUGAAGAUCUACAAAACUACUCAUACGAUGGCAAGGUUUGCUGUCCAGUGUGUCUUGGGUUUCCCACAAGUAUGGUAGGCCCUAUAUGGCCUCUGAGAACGCUGUUCGAAAAGCUGCAAUAUUACAAGCGAGACCAGCAACAGGGAAAAGCCACUGGCGACAGCAACUCUAUAGUGGAUAAAGCAUCAACGUUUUCGGAUGCGCAGGAUUUAAGUCAGCCACAGCCACAAGAAGGCAAGCUGCAGGAGAAACAAAACUUGAUCUCACUUUUCCACACCAUCGCUUCAAGUGUGAACGAUUCGGACGAGGAAGAUGUGGGCGACUUACCAUCGAUUCACUCUCUGGAUAACGUUUCGAAUUCCAAGACUGUUCCGAUCCAAGAUCCCGGUUCAGUACCCGUGUCAUUGCCGAUAGAAGUCUCACCAGCCGCGGUUCAGUUAUCUCAGCUGGAUGAAGAAAAGGAGUUUUACUUUGCCAAGUGCUUCCCGAUGUAUCGGAAAAGAACACAAAUUAACACGCACAACAAAUUCCUACGUGCCAAGAGUAAACAAUUCGUAAACACGGCAAUCAGCCCGGACUGUAGUAAGUUUGCGUUGAUCACGGAAAAUAAAUGGGAGGUAUACCAGAUGCCAAUUCAGUCCGAAAGGGAGAGAAAAAGUUCUGAGCAGCCGCAAGACGUAAAAAAAAGGUUUAACUUGGCUUCUCAACCCAAAAAAGAGCGCAUGGGGCCUAAUGAAAGCGUGACCCUUUUGUUCUGCGGAAAGUCGACCGGCGAGUACGGGCCCACUUUCGAAACUCUCAGGAUGCCGUCUAACUUGAGCUCUCUCCAUUCUUCAUUCUCCAAAAGAGAGCCCUCGAAACCCCCCAAGGGGCUGUCCAGCAUGGCAAUGGGCGGUUGGGAGCAUCUUUCUUGCGUAAUGUCCAACGACCUUCUGAUAAUAGCGGGGACUAAAGGACGUUUCCGUGUUUUUGAUCUUAAUUGUGGUGGUAUGCCUAUUUACACGUACGAAUCGACUUUUCCCAUACGCUGCAUCGACGUUGACUCUAAAGGAUCGUUGAUAGCCUGUGGCAUAACUGGGAACGAUAGAACCACAGGCGCCGAGCAGGCUCUAAUUCUUUUUCACCAGAUCGAAAGAGAGUCAUCUACGUCAAUGACAGAGAAUCCAAAUAUCACUCCAUACUCUUUCUUCCCUCCUAUCACCACAAUGCCCCCGUACCGUGAUCCGAUAAACACGUUACAGUUUUCUCCAGAUGGCGCUUAUGUUUCAUGCUCAACAGCGCUAGAAUCCAGGUUUUUGGUGAUUUCGCUCAGAAAAGUCCGCGAACCGCGUUUAGUAAUGAAAUCUUUGCGUUCCAUUGAUACAUCGCUCGAAUCUGAGGGUAUAACUGAUUGUAAAAUGUUUCCUGGAAAUUCAAGCCUCAUGUGCGUUACUUCAGUCGCAUUUAACGCUCCGCCAAUAGUAAUAAACACUCGAAUCCAAGCCAUCAAUGUAGUCCAAAGCAUUGCGCAGCCCACGAUGCUUUUGAGACUCGAUGAACUGGGAUCUAAAAUCCACAAGUGUGAAAUCUCGCCUAGAAAUGAUUCAAUCGCCUUUCUUGAUCGCAACGGAAAUGUGUCAAUAAUGUAUGCUCCAACGUUGCUGGAUAAUGAAAAGAGAAGAAUUGUUUUGGUGGACGCAGUUGCAAAUGCUUCUCGAGUACGGGAGGCUGCGUCCAUGAAAUUUAGUGCAGAUGGUCACAAGUUAUAUAUUCUGGACAGGAAGGGCUCCUUGUACAUCGAGGACUUUGCAUUUGCCCUCCCGCAAAAUCACGAAGUUACCAAGUGCAAGCAGGUCAAUUAA